AUGAAGUAUUUAAGUAUUAUGGGUGGUCCACCAAUUACAUUUGGGAAAGAAUUCCGGGAAAAAUAUUUCACAUUGCUUGAUUCUAUAUCUAUUCCUGUAAAUCAUGGGUCUUUGGGUAUGGUCCCCACUCCAGUCUAUGAGAAGUAUAUUCAAGCAAUCGCAGAUCAAUUUGGAAUUCAAUAUGCAGAAAUCCCAUUGAAUUGCCCUAUGACUGAUAGUGAAAUAUUAGAGAAAUUUGAAGAGAUCUUUAAGAAACAAUCACCUAAGAUAUGCAUGUUUGAUACAAUUUCUACCAUGCCCGGAGUUAUUCUCCCAUUCAAACAAUUGAUUGAAUUAUGUAAGAAAUAUAACGUGCUUUCGUUGGUCGAUGGUGCUCAUGGUGUUGGUUGCAUUACUCAGGAUUUAUCAGAAAUGGAUCCAGAUUUUUAUGUCAGUACUUUACAUAAAUGGUAUUUUGUUCCAUUCGGAUGUGCUGUAAUGUAUGUCGCACCCAAACACCAUAACUAUAUUCAUACUUUUCCUAUCAGUCAUUCCUAUAUAUCUGAAGAAACUGUACUUUCUAAAGAAGAUCAGCUCAAUCAAUUAGUGGAUAGCUUUUUCUUUAUCGGAACUAAGAGUUUUGGCCCAAUUGCAGUAAUUCCUGAUGCCAUUAAAUUCCGGGAAACUGAAUGCGGAGGAGAACGGGCAAUUUUCGACUAUUGUCAUAGCUUGGCAAAACGGGUUGCCGAAAGGAUUUCAUCGAAAUGGGGUACUUCGUAUUUAAAACAGGCGGACGGACCAACGUUAAUCAACACUUUGGUAAAUAUUGAAGUCCCUACACAAUACAUAGGACUUGAUGUAUCUGCUUUGAAGAAAAAUUGGAGUAAAUUUCUUAAAGUUGUUCAUACCAAAAUGGUAGAUGAAUACAAUGCAUAUACUCCAAGUAUUAAUAACGGGAAAUUAUAUGCUCGUUACUCGUGUCAAAUUUAUAAUGAGAUUAGUGAUUAUGAGAUUGCUUCCGAAUGUUUGAUUAAGGUCUUGAAAGAAUUUGUUGAAUUGGAACCAGAAUUGAAAAUUGUGAAAAGCUGA